GGACAGAGUAAAUAACUACUUUUUCUGUGACAGAGUUCUCGCAUCAGUCAUUACUUCAUUAUGUAAUGCUGACACAUUUCUUAUCACAUUGCGAGGUGUGGCUUCUGGUACCAUUGGCUUCUCCAUUCUGAGGACAUGAGUCAUGACAACACGCAGUUGACUGUUUUUGUACGAUGUUGCUGCCUUGUGUCUUGAUGAGUGCCACUUCAUACAACCACUGUGCUGGCAUCUCCAUGUUUAGUGCGAAAAGCGAAAUAUCCAAAAUCCAAGUAUGUUCUUCUUGGAUACUUCAUCGAUAAGGCUACAACAAAAAAUGGCAAGGUAUGUUUAAGUUAACUUUACAUUUCACCUAUUCUCGUCAAUCGUUUACACAACUCGUGCAAGCAAUGCGCCGUCCAGCACAUUCGCUCGCCGCCGUUUCACCCACAGUCGAAUGGCCAGGCGGAAAGGUUUGUCCAUACGUUCAAGGGAGCUCACCACAAAUCAAACAAGAGGGACGUUUGGAGGAAGUGAUUGACCGGUUCGUUUUACUCUACCGAUCAACAUCGAAUCCACAAGCGCCAGACGGAGUUUCUCCAACACAGGCUAUCAUGAACAGGAAGCUGCGCAUGCCUUUCCACACCAUCCGACUGCGCUCGGAAUCCUCUGUUGGUGAAAGAAACCGCAGAAUGGAACAGGAUUUUAACCGGCGGCAUGGAGCAAAGAAGCGAUCGUUUACGCUUGGACAGAAGGUGCUAGUACAUGACUAUCGGGAAGGCCAUGCGAAAUGGACGCCAGGGACGGUCAAAAGCAAGCGCGGAAACAUCAUGUAUGACGUGAUGGUGGGCGCACAGAUCUGGCCACGGCAUGCAAACCAGUUACGACCCACCUUGUGCCAACCAGAACAAGCAAGGCCUACCGACCUCCCGUUCAAUAUAUUGGUGAAAAGCUUCAGCUCGCCGAAGGCAGCAGUGGACGACUGCACACAGUCAAGCAAAGCAUCCAGAACACGGACAUCGGAACGCAGCUCUCAGGCACUUCUGCCAAGGAGAUGUACCGACAGGCAGAGAACACCGUCCCGAAGACUGCAAGUUAAUCCUAAGCUUUCGUCGUAUACCUCGGGCGAUAUCUCAUGAG